UCAGUGCUUACGAAUCAGUUCGUUUGUUAAGAUGACUGCGGGAUCAUUGUGUUUUCUGUUCACUUUGGUGCUAGCACAUCAAGGAUCGGCCUAUUUCUUAGACUUCGAAUGCGUUAACCACAAGCCGCAUCAGGAUGUUUUUAAAGAAACACCUUGGAUGGCAUUUAUUGCAUCUCCCACAAAAAACUGUAGCGGAACGCUUAUCAAUAAACAAUAUGUCAUAACAACUGCUAGUUGCGUUUUCGAUCAAAGCGAAAGCACCGUUUUUUUGGGAAGGUUUGACAAUAUACCACAAAAUCGAAAUAGAUACGUCAAGCAUUCCGUCCAAAGCGUCUACACUCACAAACUGUAUAAUAAACAGACUUUCGAGCACGAUAUAGCUCUACUCUUGUUAGAUGAUCCUGUGACUUUUAAAAUGAGCAUACAGCCAAUAUGCAUUUGGUUGGGUGAGAUAACCAACUUGAACCAUUUGGAAUCCAACCGAUGGGGCUUAUCCGAAAAAAUGAUUUUCCAAAGAAUCAACACCGUUAAAAUUCUGAAAAUUAAAAAGUGCCGCGAUUCAUUUGGAAUAACUCUGAAAAAAUCGCAGAUAUGCGCUGGCUUUCAAAACGGUAACAUCUGUACGGAGACAGGAAGUUCGUUGGUUAAGCAGAUACAUUACUCGGGUAAACUUUGGAACACAUUAAUCGGAAUUCAGAGCUAUGGCGUUUCGGAAAGGUGUAUAUAUAAUAAAAUCGCACACUAUAUUGACUGGAUUGUGGGAGUCGUGCUGAAUGUAGAUGUUAUACUCCUCAAUUCUAGCGAUUCUGGAAGCGAUCCUAGACUAGAUUAGUAAACUAUUUGUAAUCCAUAUAAUAUCAUAGAUAUACCUACCGC